ACACCAUGUAUAGUGUAUAUAUCAGAUUGAAGUGAAAAUUUCUCCUCUAUCUCUAUUUUUCUCCUUAAAGAUUCCCACCUACAACAACUAAACCGUUUGAUAACUGUUCACGAGCAAAUUUAUUUAUGUGUCAACUCCAUUAAUAAGUUCUUCGAUUAUCCAAUCCUGCUCAUACUGAUCAAUUUCAUCUUUGAAAUGCUAAUAAACCCUUGGAUUCUAAUAGCAAGAGAGCCAACCAUAAUUAUGGACCAAUGGAUGUUGGUCAUAUGGAUGACAUUAAGAACCUCACAACUGUUUCUUUUGAUAGAACCAAUUCAUGGAGUACUUUCUGAGCAUGCAAAAACGAAAUUCUUGAUUAUUCAACUGAUGAAACAAGCCAAAGAUGGACAGUUGAGGAAACAGACUGAACUGUUUACUACGCAAUACCAAAUGUGGAACAUAGAAUUCAAUUCUGUGGAUAUGAUACCCCUUCAAAGGACAAUCUAUGCUGCAGUAAGUUAACAACAAUAAGAACUAUUUUU